UUACUUUUCUAUCAAUUAUUAACUAAUUAGUUAUUAUUUAAGGGGUAAAUUAUGAAGGCUAGAUAUCUCACAUUCUUUUCUUAUAUAGGCACUAAAUUUAGAUCUUCUGAAAAAAUAUGGCUGAAAGGCGGUAAAAAUUAUCCUGAUCUGGAAAGUAUACAAGGUUUAUUAGAAAUAGGGCUUUUGAAAUUGAGACCUCUGAAUUAUCCUAACCUCACCUUAUCGAGCCGUACAGAUGGAGGAGUGCAUGCACUCAAUUCUACUGCACACUUUGAUUUGGAGAGAUAUGGCACCAAGGUUUUUGAUCCUGAAUACAUUACAUAUGAAUUAAAUAAAUUCUUCUACAAAAAUGAAACUAGUAUACAUGUGAAAAAGUGUCUAAGAGUAUCUGAUGACUUCAGCGCAAGAUUUAAUGCUUUAUCAAGAACAUAUUUAUAUAGACUUGCAGUGGUAAAACCUGAUAUAGUGCUUCCUGAAUCAAAUAUAAUAUCUUCAUAUAUUCCCAUUGAAGAAUGGAAAAGAUGUCAUUUUAUCAGGUUUCCAGGUUUCGACAUUGAAAAGUUUAAGGCGGGUGCAAAAUAUCUUGUUGGCUAUCAUGAUUUCACCACAUUUAAGAAAUUCGACAAGUUGACAUCGCACAAACAAAACCGUAGAUACCUACAUUCAUUUGACGUGAAGCCAGGACAACCAUUGGUCACCAGCUACUCUAGUACACAGGACAGUUUGUUUGAUUACUGGGAUAUUAAGAUCAAAGGCAGAUCUUUUGUUCAUAAUCAGAUUCGUCGUAUGGUGGCGACAUUAAUAAGUGUUGCGAUAGGAAAAAUCCCUCCAGAGGAAAUAAAGGUGAUGUUACAAGUCCCAUCAAAACACUCCUGGUACACAUUCAUUCAGAACUGUCCUCCCGAUGGACUCUAUCUUUGCAAUGUUGACUACAACCCUGAAGACUUAGUUUUCCAGCCUGUAGAUAUUGUAAAAGAGACAGAAGAUCUAGAAGAAAGUGAUAAGAAAUGAAUUUCUUGGAAGAAUUAAUU